AGUUUUGACGACACAUGAUUGGCUCUUGGUACAAGGAAGCAAACAGUUGAUUGGUUCAUUGUAAAAAACCCGGCAGAAGACAAGAGUGGACGAACGAAAAUAACACAGGAGCCGCUGGAAUAGCAACUGUUUAUUUGCCAGGAGCCCAGUGAUAAAGGAACCAUGGUUGAUCCGAUGGAGAAUGGCUUGUUUGACAUUCCUGACUAUGACAACACAGAUGACGAGACCUUUCCUCCUCUCCCCCCUCCCUUCUCACCAGGAGAGGGAGGAGAUCCUUUUACAGGGGAGGAGGGAGGAGAGAUCUCCAAGCUGGCCGAAGUCCCUGUUGCCAAGAGGAGAGGCGUCAAGAGACCACAGCCCAAACUGGACUCUCAGAGGCUGACAUCAGAAAGAGGACUUCCGGCUCUUCGCACCCUGUUUGACAACGUUCAUUUCAAAGGCAAAGGACACGAGGCUGAGGACUUGCGGGUGCUGAUGCAGAGGAUGGAGAACUGGGCUCACAGGUUGUACCCCAAACUACAGUUCGAAGACUUCAUAGACAAACUGGAGACGCUGGGCAGCAAGAAAGAAGUCCAGACGUGUCUCAAGAGAAUACGGCUGGACAUGCCGCUAACACAUGAAGACUUCAUAGGAGACGACGGUGAGAGGACAACGUCACCAACUACAUUUAACCCGUUUGGAGACGGAGGUUUCGCUGAAGACCCCCCAGGACGGGCUGGCCCGGUCCACUCCACCCCAGCCCCCUCCCUGACAGAGGAACAGCAGAGACGCAUAGAACUCAACAAACGGCUUGCCUUAGAGAGGAGACUGGCCCGCAUGCAGCAACACACAGAUGGCUCCCAGGAGAUGGCCUCCAGCAAGUCAGCAGACAGACCAUCUACCUCCCAGUCCCAGGAGAUGGCCACCCAGUCAGCAGACAGACCAUCUACCUCCCAGUCCCAGGAGAUGGCCUCCAGCCAGUCAGCAGACGGACCAUCUACCUCCCAGUCCCAGGAGAUGGCCACCCAGUCAGCGGACGGACCCUCUACCUCCCAGUCCCAGGAGAUGGCCACCCAGUCAGCAGACGGACACUCUACCUCCCAGUCCCAGGAGAUGGCCACCCAGUCAGCGGGCGGACCAUCUACCUCCCAGUCCCAGGAGAUGGCCACCCAGUCAGCAGACGGACCAUCUACCUCCCAGUCCCAGGAGAUGGCCACCCAGUCAGCAGACAGACCAUCUACCUCCCAGUCCCAGGAGAUGGCCACCCAGUCAGUGGACGGACCUCUACCUCCCAGUCCCAGGAGAUGGCCACCCAGUCAGCAGACAGACACUCUACCUCCCAGUCCCAGGAGAUGGCCACCCAGUCAGCAGACGGACCCUCUACCUCCCAGUCCCAGGAGAUGGCCACCCAGUCAGCAGACGGACACUCUACCUCCCAGUCCCAGGAGAUGGCCACCCAGUCAGCAGACGGACCCUCUCCCUCCCAGUCCCAGGAGAUGGCCACACAGUCAGCAGACGGACAUUCCACCUCCCAGUCCCAGGAGAUGGCCACCCAGUCAGCAGACGGACCCUCCACCAGGUCCUCCUCACACCCCUUCCCCAGCCAGCAGCAGCAGGAUGGGGAGGAUGAAGACCCGGACCAGGGAGACCCAGAGGACAAGGGCCAGAGCAGGCCAGACCACUCCAGGGACAGAGCUCUUAACACGGCUCCCCCUGCUGAGGCUGACUCCCUGGUGUGUGAGGGAGCAGUAGCCAGCCCUGUUCCUGAGAUGAGCAACGAUAGCAGGGCCUGAGACACACACAGAACCGCUGACUCCCUGGUGUGUGAGGGAGCAGUAGCCAGCCCUGUUCCUGAGAUGAACAACGAUAGCAGGGCCUGAGACACACACAGAACCGCUGACUCCCUGGUGUGUGAGGGAGUAGUAGCCAGCCCUGUUCCUGAGAUGAACAACGAUAGCAGGGCCUGAGACACACACAGAACCGCUGACUCCCUGGUGUGUGAGGGAGCAGUAGCCAGCCCUGUUCCUGAGAUGAACAACGAUAGCAGGGCCUGAGACACACACAGAACCGCUGACUCCCUGGUGUGUGAGGGAGUAGUAGCCAGCCCUGUUC